AAGGCAAAACUCAUCCCUUCCAUCAGCUUACUGAUUAAUGGAGGAAACUAGGCGGAAGAGACAAGUUAGAACGGUCUCGGCUAGACUCGGGCAUGAGUCCCUUGAGUGGUAACAGUGGUGGGUAUUUUAUGAUUUUGACUCCGGAUAAACCAAUUGAACAGAGCAAUUAUUAGCUAUUCUGAAACCCCGGUCAUCCACCGCAUCUUAAUUUCGUUUCAUCUUCAAUUCGGGUUUUCUUCCCGUGGAAAUUUCGGAAGCCCAGCGAGAGAAACUUCUGAGAAAUGUUCAUGGCGUAACGACGAAGCAAAAGGGAAGAUUCCGCCUUUCUCAGCAACCGAAUGGCUGCGUGUAUGUUAACAGCGACUAUUAACCAACGGCACCAUUCUCUUUCCCAUUGUGUUUUCAACCUAGUCACUACAAAUGCGGCUCUAUACGUGUUUUUAUUUUUUUUUCGGCGACUCUUAACGCGUAUUUUGAACUUGAAUGUGGAGCAUUUAAACUGAUUGUGACCGGGUCUUUUUAUCCAUAUCUAAAGUUUUACUAGCUCCAUGCUCAAGGGUUGAAGACUGAGAGAAGAUAAGCUGCAACUUUCUGACCAGAGGUUUGCUGGGUUUAUUCACAAGAGGGCUCAAUCUCAAUUUCUACAGAGAAAAUAAUGCAACCUGGAGGAAGGUAGCGGGGCAACCCGCUGGAUGGCCACGCGGCAACCUCCAGCUGGCCCUCUUGGCAGCUGCUGCUUUGAUCUGCCCGAGUCUCUUUUCCUAAUUUGAUCUUGUCCAUCCAUCUUGCUUUAUCGCGAGCUGAUCCAGGCCAUCAAUCUUGCUCUAUCUCGGGUUAUCUCAGCCAUCCAUCUUGGCUAUUUAUGUGCCACCUCAGGAUUCGAUCAUUGACGGGAAAGAGAGGAGGAGAAAAGGGCAUUGGGGAUUAGGGUUUCGUUUCUGUCGUUUUGGCCGAGAGUUUGCGAGGGGUUUCCUCUCUCAGGGGUCCGGAUCUCCCUCGAUCAUGUCCUGCAACUACAUUUCUCGUCUUUUUGCUAUUGUCAUUCACUUCUAUUACUUGUGGUGCUCGCAUAUUAAAUCCUUCAAGACCUGAGGUUAUAACAGUAUCUCAUGGUGCUGUUGCCACUGAUGAUGGUCGAUGUUCUAGAAUUGGGAGGAAUGUCCUCCGAGAAGGAGGCCAUGCUGUUGAUGCAUCAGUCGCUGUUGCUCUUUGCUUGGGCGUUGUGAAUCCGGCUUCAAGUGGCAUUGGCGGAGGUGCAUUUAUGCUUCUCAGAUUACACAAUGGGACCACACAAGCUGUUGACAUGAGAGAGGUGGCACCAAUGAAAGCUUCAGAGAACAUGUAUGCCGGAAAUGCUGCUGUGAAAGCUAGUGGCUCACUCUCCAUAGCAGUUCCAGGAGAACUUGCAGGCCUUCAUCAAGUAUGGAAACAAUAUGGUAGACUUCCAUGGAAGAGGCUUGUAAUGCCAGCUGAAGAGUUAGCUGGAAAGGGAUUCAAAGUUUCACGGUAUCUGCACAUGCAAAUGCUUAAAACAGAAUCAGGUAUAAUGGCAGAUGAGGGACUCCGAAACAUAUUCACAUCAAAAGGAACCCUCCUGCAGCCAGGUCAAAUAUGCCGGAACCUUAAUCUUGCAAAGACACUCAAAGAAAUUUCAGAAUAUGGCAUUGAGACCUUUUAUAAUGGAUCAAUUGGAUUAAAUUUGGUUAGAGAUGUUCAGAAUGCUGGAGGAAUCUUGGCCAUGGAGGACUUACAGCGUUAUCAAGUAAAAUAUAGAGAACCAAUCACUGCAGAUGUUCUAGGACUUAAAAUACUCAGUAUGCCGCCUCCUUCAUCUGGUGGUGCUGCUAUGAUUCUCAUACUAAACAUUCUUUCUCAAUAUGGAUUCCCUUCUGGAGUUUCUGGCUCCCUCAGGGUGCACAGAGAAAUUGAAGCUCUUAAACAUGCAUUUGCUGUGCGGAUGAAUCUUGGAGAUCCAGAUUUUGUUAAUGUCAAAAAUGUUGUAUUGCAUAUGCUCUCUCCUAAGUUUGCGGAAGAGUUGAAGAAAACCAUAUACGAUAAUAUGACAUUUGACCCCAGUUACUAUGGUGGCAAGUGGAAUCAGAUUCAUGAUCAUGGCACCAGUCACAUUUCCAUUGUGGAUAGUGAGCGCAAUGCUGUUUCCAUGACUAGUACUGUUAACUCAUAUUUUGGGGCACAAUUUCUGUCACCAAGUACGGGAAUUACUCUGAACAAUGAAAUGGACGAUUUCUCCAUUCCUGCUAAUAGUUCUUCAGAAGAUCUAUCUCCUGCACUUGCAAAUUUCAUCCGCCCCUUCAAAAGGCCAUUGUCAUCUAUGACACCCACAAUCAUUCUCAAGGGCGGACACCUGAAAGCUGUUGUAGGUGCAAGCGGGGGAAGCAUGAUAAUUGCAGGGACUACUGAGGUCUUGUUGAACCAUUUUACUAGAAAGAUGGAUCCACUUUCCUCUGUCUUGGCUCCGAGAUAUUACCAUGAGCUGAUUCCUAACGUGCUGCAUUAUGAGAACUGGACAACCCCGAAUGGAGACCACUUUGAAGUUCCUGUGCAGACCAGAGCAGCCCUACAAGAGAAGGGUCAUGUCCUAGAAGCCCUUGCUGGUGGAACUAUUUGUCAAUUCAUAGUUCAAAAGCUAGAGGUUUCUUCCAAGCUUGGGAAGCUUGUGGCGGUUAGCGACCCGAGAAAGGGCGGUUUUCCUGCUGGUUUCUGAUAUUUGUAGCAGUUUUAGGGCAUCCAAAUAACCUGAUUCAUCGAUGAAAUUCCCUGAUCUGGUUGCCCUUUCGGGUGGGAAAAAUUUCUGCAUAGUAUGAUAUCAUUAAACAGUUACAGUUUCUUUCCCCAAGAUUGAUAUGGGUUCACAUACUAUAGCAACGAUUAGAGCCAUGUAAGAGCAGAUCAUCAAGGUGAAAGCUCUGUAAGUUGUGCAACUGCAAAGUCAAUAAAAUUUAUUAUUUGAUCAUAAAGUUUGAAUUCAUUUA